AUGGAAUGCAACAGGGAUGAGGCCCAACGGGCAAAGGAUAUUGCAAAGAAGAAGUUUGAAGCGAGGGACCUGCAGGGUGCCAAGAAAUUCGCUCUCAAAGCUCAAACACUCUUUCCUGAUCUCGACGGCAUUGCUCAGAUGGUUGCCACCUUUGAUAUCUAUCUUGCUUCGGAGGUGAAGGUUGCUGGGGACAAGGACUGGUACUCUAUCCUUUGUGUUGCCACGACAGCAGAUGACGAAACAAUCAAGAAACGGUACAGGAAGCUGGUUCUUCAGCUCCACCCUGACAAGAACAAGCAAGUCGGUGCUGAGGGUGCUUUCCAGAUGGUCCAAGAGGCGUAUACGGUGCUAAGCGACAAAACUAAGAGAGCAGUAUAUGACCAAAAGAGGAAUGUAAGGGUAUUCCAACAGAGGACAGCUCAAUCAAGUAAGGCAAGUGCGCCUCCUGGUGCGUCUGAUGGCUUCUAUAAUUUCGCAGCUAACGCUGCUGCUGCCUCCAAACCGACAGUAAACAAGCGAACAGCAGGACCGGCAGCACCUGCCGUGCGCCCGCGCCCACCUCAACCUCCACCACCAUCUGGACCCACUCCUGCAGCUUCCUCUGCUACCCCUGCACCUGGGGCAAAACCUCCUACAUUUUGGACCUCUUGUAACAAAUGCAAGAUGAACUAUGAGUACCUUAGGGUGUAUCUGGGUCAGCAUCUUCGUUGCCCUAGCUGCCGUGAGCCGUUCCUAGCAAAAGAGGCACCAAUACCACCAACUGGGACUGUGAUACAGGAUUCAAAGAUCAGUGGUGUAAAUCAAAAUGCAAGCACUAACAGAAAUAUGCAGUGGGGUCCAUUUUCAAGGGCUGCUGGUGCAGCUAGUGCCACUGCAUCAUCUGCUGCUGCUGCUCAAGCUGCUAAUGCAGUUCAUCAGACGUAUGAAAAAGUUAGGAGGGAGAGGGAGGAGGCACAAGCAGCAGCAAGAAAGGAAGAGGCUCUUUGGCGGAAGUACAAUCCUCUAAAAAGGCAUGCAAGCAUGUCAGAUGUCUUUAAUCCUGGAACAGGUGAUCUUGCAUCUGGAAAGAAGUUGAAGACUAUGGUUAAAGAUGCUGGAGUUGGUUCUUCAUCUUUCAUACCAGGUCCUGGAGCAAAUUGUUUUAGAGUGCCCGGUGUGAAUAUAUCUUUUUCAACCAACAUUGGGGCCUAUGAGUUUCAAGGCGUCAAUGGUGGACCCAAUUGGAAACCCAGGCCUCCAAUCCACAUAAGCUUAGCCAAGAUCACCUCUCAGUUGGAUGUUAGGGGUCUUCUGCUGGAAAAAGCGAAAAGUGGGCUGAGAAACAAGCUAACAGAAAUUAAAAGUAAAACAUCUCAAGUUGCUGCUAGUGGAAAAGCGACCAAGAAACAUGUGGUUAAUGAAAAUGGAAGGGAUAAUGAAGCUCUCGCACCAGAUGAUCUUACUACCAAUAAAGAUGUUCAUGUUGAUCCAAAAGAAAUUGGUUCUAAUACUAGCUCAGAUGCUGAAAAUGAAGAUGAUGACCCCUUGUCUUAUAAUGUUCCUGAUCCUGAUUUCCAUGAUUUUGACAAGGAUCGCACUGAGGAAUGUUUUCAAAUUGAUCAAAUUUGGGCUACAUAUGAUGACGAAGAUGGUAUGCCUCGUUAUUACGCGUUUAUUCAGAAAAUUUUCUCCUUGAAACCAUUCAAGCUCAGAAUAAGCUAUCUUGAGUCAAGGACAAAUAGUGAAUUUGGGCCUUUGAAUUGGGUUUCUUCUGGCUUCACAAAGUCAUGUGGGCAUUUCAGGACUGGUAAAUAUGAAACAUGUGAUAUAGUCAACAUGUUCUCACACCAAAUGAAAUGGGAGAAAGGGCUGCGUGGGGUAAUCAAAAUUUAUCCACAGAAAGGUGACAUCUGGGCUAUUUAUCGGAAUUGGUCCCCUGACUGGGAUGAAGAUACUCCAGAUAAUGUGCUCCAUGCUUACGAUGUGGUUGAGGUACUAGAUAAUUAUGAUGAAGAUCAUGGCAUCUCUGUUAUUCCCUUAGCUAAAGUUGCCGGGUUUCGAACAAUAUUUGAACGCCAUCAGGAUCUGAAUGGUACCAUGAAGAUUCCCAAAGAAGAGAUGUUUCGGUUUUCACAUCAAGUGCCUUUCUACAGGAUGUCAGGCGAAGAAGCUCCAAAUGUCCCCAAAGAUAGCUAUGAGCUUGACCCAGCUGCUAUUUCUAAGGAACUUCUUCAAGGGACCACAGAAACAGUGGAGGCAAAUGGAACUUCCUAA